AGUAGUAGUAGUAGUAGUAGUAGUGGUGGUGGUGGUAAUAGUAGUAGUGGGAGGGCCAAACGGCGAAAGAACUCGCCUCUCCGUACAGACAGUCGUGCUGCUGCUUCAGUCGAGCCACGCUUUGGGGAACACUUUGAGCUCUUAUAAACGCAGCCAUUUCUUUAUACACUUCGGCUGUGUGUUUUUGGGAUCACAGCGAUUGGAUCAACCGUAGUCCAUGGCCUUAAUAGGGAGUGCAGUUCGUCGAAUAUCAUCACUCCGGCCACCUCUGUCUCCUCUGUGCCGGACUACAUCCCGGGCCUACAGCUCAGAACCCACCAAAGAAAAAAGUGUUCCCUAUGAGACAACCCUCAAACAGCAGGAUGGGACUUCCUCCGGGCCCACCAAACCUCUCCCCAGGUCGGCAGAUGCAGUGGUAAUUGGAGGAGGAAGUCUGGGCUGUCAGACGAUCUACCACCUGGCUAAAAUGGGCAUGACCAAUGUGGUUUUGUUGGAGAGGGACAGACUAACCGCUGGUACCACCUGGCACACUGCAGGUCUACUAUGGCAGCUUCGCCCCAGUGAUGUUGAAGUUGAGCUGCUGGCACACACUAGAAAUGUGAUAAGCAGAGACUUGGAGGAAGAGACUGGCCUCCACACUGGCUGGAUCCAAAAUGGAGGCCUAUUUAUUGCCUCUAAUAAACAGAGGCUGGAUGAGUACAAGCGCCUCAUGUCGCUGGGUAAAGUUUAUGGCAUUGAAUCCCACGUUUUGUCACCUGCUGAGACGAAGGACCUGUACCCUCUAAUGAAUGUGGAUGAUCUGUAUGGAACUUUGUAUGUACCCAAAGAUGGAACCAUGGACCCUGCAGGCACCUGCACCACCCUGACGAGGGCCGCCUCAGCUCGGGGAGCCACGGUGAUUGAGAACUGCCCUGUAACUGGUAUCCAAGUCAAGUCUGAUGAUCUUGGAGUGAAGAGAGUGAAAGCUGUGGAGACCGCUCAUGGAACCAUAGAAACCCCAUGUGUUGUAAAUUGUGCAGGUGUAUGGGCUACUAAGCUUGGAGAAAUGGCUGGGGUUAAGGUGCCUCUUAUUGCAAUGCAUCAUGCCUAUGUGGUCACAGAGAGAAUAGAAGGAAUUCAAAACAUGCCAAAUGUCAGAGACCAUGAUGCAUCAGUCUAUCUUCGUCUCCAAGGUGAUGCCCUGUCUGUGGGAGGCUAUGAGCAAAACCCAAUUUUCUGGGACGAGGUUUCCGAUAAAUUUGCCUUCAGUUUAUUUGACCUGGACUGGGAUGUGUUUAUGCAACACAUUGAGGGCGCGAUCAACAGAGUUCCUGUUCUGGAGCAGACUGGCAUCAAGUCCACAGUGUGUGGACCAGAGUCCUUCACGGCUGAUCACAAGCCUUUAAUGGGAGAGGCUCCAGAGGUCAGAGGGUACUUCUUGGGUUGCGGUUUCAACAGUGCCGGCAUGAUGCUGGGUGGUGGCUGUGGGAGAGAGUUGGCUCACUGGAUCAUUCACGGGCGCCCUGAGAGGGACAUGUAUGGAUAUGACAUCAGGCGAUUCCAUCACUCCCUGACAGAUAACAACCGAUGGAUUCGAGAGCGCAGUCAUGAGUCCUACGCCAAAAACUACUCGGUGGUGUUCCCCUUUGAUGAGCCGCUGGCCAGUCGCAACAUGAGGAGAGACCCUUUCCAUCAGGUGCUGACGGAGAAGGGCUGUGUAUUCCAGGAGAGGCACGGCUGGGAGAGACCAGGGUGGUUCAACAAAGAUGGACCUGCUCCUGUUAAAGACUAUGAUUACUAUGGUGCAUACGAUACUCCAAAGAAUGUUAACUACAAAUACAAUGAACUACUGGGAAAAGAAUACACCUUUGACUUCCCCCCACAUCAUAACGUGAUAAAAAGCGAGUGCCUUACAUGUAGAAAUGGUGUGGCUGUGUUCAACAUGUCCUAUUUUGGGAAGUUCUAUCUUACUGGGCCAGAUGCCAAAAAAGCAGCAGAUUGGUUAUUUACUGCUGAUGUCAACAAAAAGCCAGGGUCCACUGUGUACACCUGCAUGCUGAACAAGAGAGGAGGAUCUGAGGCUGACCUGACUGUGAGCAGACUGGAGCCUGGUGCUGCCAACCUGCCUCUGGCACCUGAAUCCAAUGGUGAUGCUUACUACCUUGCAAUUGGAGGUGGUGUGGCGGAACACAACUGGAACCAUAUCUCUACAGUUCUCCAAGACCAAGGAUUUCACUGCCAGCUCACAGACCACUCUGAAGACAUGGGCAUGAUCAGCAUCCAGGGACCCAAGAGUCGAGUUGUACUUCAAGAGGUGUUGGACACAGACCUCAGCAAUGAAGCCUUCCCUUUCUCUUCUCAUAAAGUAGUAAAUGCAGCCGGGCAUCAGGUGAGAGCCAUGCGCCUGUCGUUUGUGGGUGAGAUGGGCUGGGAGCUGCAUAUUCCCAAAGAUUCCUGUAUUCCAGUCUAUAACGCUGUCAUGGCCGCCGGGGCUAAAUAUGGCAUCAUCAACUCAGGCUAUCGGGCCAUCGACUCCCUCAGCAUAGAGAAAGGGUAUAGACACUGGCAUGCUGACCUCCGUCCAGAUGACACCCCUCUAGAGGCAGGUCUGGCCUUCACUUGCAAACUCAAGAGCUCCAUCCCAUUUCAGGGGCGGGACAUUCUGGAAAAGCAGAAGAAGGACGGCCUGAAGAGGAAAAUAGUUUGCUUUACCAUUGAUGAGAAAGUGCCCAUGUUUGGUCUAGAGGCCAUCUUCAGAAAUGGCGUCCCUGUAGGUCAUCUGAGACGUUCUGACUACGGCUUCUUUAUCGACAAAACUAUUGGUUAUGGAUACAUCCGCAACCCUAAUGGAGGAGUGGUGAAUGCUGAAUUCAUAAAGAGUGGUGAGUUCACUCUGGAGAGGAUGGGAGUGACAUACAAGGCCAAAGCCCACAUCAAGACUCCAUUUGACCCAGAGAACAAACGCGUCAAGGGUAUUUAUGAUUGAAAAAGGACCACGCUUGAGUCAAAUAAAACAAGGAUUCCUCUGACAUGAAAUAGCUGGAUUUGCAAGUGUGCACAAUAAGCAGAUCUAUACUUUUGUUGACAUAGUAACCCAUUUGAGAGCAUGGUUUGUGAGUGAUGUAGGCCCACUGUAGCCUAUGUGUUAGAUUGACCAUUGGUUUUCAUUACAACCCAAACAUAUGUCUUAUCAUUUCCGUAGAGCUAAGACAAUAAAGUCUUCAUGGAGCUGGCUUGACUAAAGUGUCAAGUUUACAUAAUUUAGAUUGAAGGGAUUUUAUUACCAUCUUUACAUAUGAACACAGCCGUUUUAAGUUAUUAAACAAUGAAUACUCUUAAAAAAAGUGGUGUAGACAGUUUUAUGUGAUAAUAGUGCUGUUGCUGAGGGCCAGAACACAAAUUUACAAUAGAAACAGUAAAAAUAAAAU